AUGUUUGAGGAAAAGCUUCUGGUUGGUAUUGCCUCGUUGGCAUCUACCAUCGCUAUUUUGACAUGUGUCGUUGUGAUUCCAGAGCUUUAUUCCACUAUCAAUGAGAUGCAUGAUCAGGUCCUCGAUGGCGUCAAAGAAUUCCGCGUAGAAACCGAUGCCGCUUGGGUUGAGAUGCUCGAUGUCCAAGUGAUGGUUACUCCACCAUCCCAACCAAAAGUCAACCCAUUUACCUCUGUCUUCCGUCAAAAACGUCGUUCCACCUUCUCCGGACUUCCAUCCUGGUGCCAAUGUGAGCCAACCAAGCCACGUUGCCCUCCUGGACCACCAGGACCACCAGGACAACCAGGUCAUCGCGGAAUUCCAGGAAUUCCAGGACGCAACGGAAAGGAUAACUACAAUACAAUCGCUCCACCAGCUUGCCCAAGACGUGAUCCAGAAUGUGUGAAGUGUCCAGCGGGACCACCAGGACCAUCUGGAGUGUGCGGACAAGUUGGAAGACCAGGACCAGACGGACGUCCAGGACAACCAGGAAGACGUGGAAAUGACGGACGACCAGGACAACCAGGACCACAAGGAAAUGCUGGACAACCAGGAAGAGAUGGGCGUCCAGGACAACCAGGACAUCCAGGAAAGGAUGGAAGAAAGGGACACGGAGCACCAGGAGCACCAGGAAGAGCCGGACAACCAGGACGUGCCGGAGCACCAGGACACCCAGGAAAGCCAGGAGAGCAAGGACCACACGGACAAUGUGGGCCAGCUGGACAUCCAGGACAACAAGGAAACAGAGGAUCCGAUGGACAUCCAGGAGCUCCAGGAAAUCCAGGACAACAAGGAGGAGAUGCCGCUUAUUGUGCCUGUCCAUCAAGAUCUGUCAUGUUCCUUAAGCGUCAUUAG